AUGCGGGCGCUCGACGUGUCCAAGAUCUACGUGCCCAUCUUCUCCAAGGAUUACGCGUCGAGCUCUUGGUGCCUCCGCGAGGUCGCCCACAUGGUGGACUGCGUGGCUCGGUUGAAGGGGAAUAAGGAGAUCUUGCCGGUGUUCUUCGAUGCGUCGCCCUCGGAUGUGAAGCUCAGGACUGGGCUGUACAGGAAUGCCAUGGCCAAGCACAGGAAGAAGUUUGGGGUUGAGGAAGUGAAGAGGUGGGAGGAUGCUUUUGUUGAAGUUGCUGAAUUGAAGGGAUGGGACCUCAAAACGAGAGGGAUGUACAAUUUGAAUUCCUCAGUUUUUGCCAUUUUCUGCAUAGGUAAGAUUUCUGGGAAUUUCGACGGCUCCAUUUUAGUAGUCAGCAACCAGCUUUCAAAAUUAAUGAGCCUGGAUAAUCUCUAUUAUGUUCCUCACUUUGAUGGGCCUUUCAUCAGUGUUCGUAUAUGUGGCAAGCAUGGGGAAGCUAUUAAGUUGAUCAUCCGAGAGGUUUUGGUAAAGUUGAAGAUAAAGCAUAAGUAUGUGAAAAAUCAGCUGGUUGGAGUGGAUGAUUGUGUAGAAGACAUAAUGAAGCUGUUGGAUGUUGACUGUGAAGGUGUUUGUUUUGUUGAAACAGUUGUAGACAUUCUCGACUCUAGAUUCGUGGACAACAUUCAUGACAUUGAUGAUGGCAUUAACCAAAUUGGGACAAGAUUUCGCAACAAAAAGGUCAUCAUCGUUUUGGAUGAUGUUGAUAAGGAAGAACAACUAGAGAAAAAAGAUUAUCCACCAUAUCAAUACCAUAUUCCUACAUCAGAAAUUGUUGUCACAACCAAAGGGCUUCCUUUGGCUCUUGAGGUCAUAGGCUCAUUUCUCUAUCGCCAACCAGAGAAGAUAUGGAAAGAGACUAUGGAGAGGCUAAGAAAGAAAAAAGUUCAGGCACUCAUAUUAACUGGAAGUGAUUAUCAACCACUUGUAAUUACGCAUGAUGAACUUAGUAGGUUGCCCAACCUAAGGUUCCUUGAAUUAGAGGAGGGAACCUUUGCCAAAGACUUUGGGGAUGAUUUUUCAAAGUUAAGGUGGAUUUCUUGGUAUUCUCCUAGGCCCCUUGAUCUUGAGAUGGCAAAGAAUCUGAAAGUUCUAAACCUCAGAGGUUGCGAAGGCAUAACUAGAACACCAAACUUCUCUGCAUGCUUCAGUCUAGAGAGGCUGAGUUUCUACAAUUGCAUAAACUUGGUUGAGAUUGAUCCCUCCAUUUGGAAGCUAAAGCGCUUGAUUCACUUAAAUCUUAAAGAGUGCCUCUCUCUUAAGGAUUUGCCUGAAGAAAUUGGAAGGCUUACAAAUCUGAAGCUCCUUGCUUCUAGUGGAUGUUUUUUGGAACUCCCGGGUUCAUUGAAGGAGUUGGAUCUGUCAAACAUACAAAUUGAAUGCCUUCUUGAUUGUAGUGGUGAUAAGAAGUUUAUGUUUGUCCUUAUUCUAAGCUCUGAAUAUGUGCUUAAAGCUUCAUCAUAUCUGUUGCCAAGUUCUAGCUUAGGGUGGAUUAGGAGGUUAUCUAAACUGAAGAAAUUAGAAUUGUCUCUUUCUAGUGUCCCUGCACCACCUACUAAGUUUGGUUCUCUUCCUCGUCUGACUGAGCUUAUUUUAUCCGGACUAGACUUGGAAUAUAUCACGAAGCUUCCUCCCUCCUUAUUGGAGCUGCGACUUGUUAAUUUCAACUCAAUAAUAUCUUGGUCAAUCUUUUCCAACUUGAAAAACUUGUCCAAGCUACGACUUUCUCAAUCUCAGCUUCAAGAAAUUGAGCUCAGUGGACUCGAAGAACUGAGAGCAUUGUCAGUGACUAAUUGUGAACUCCUCCAAAGGUUAUUCAUCUCGACGCGUUUAAAGAAACUUAAAGAAUUGUGGCUAUCAGAAUGUCUGAAGCUAGUUGAGAUUGAAGGUCUGGAGGCCCUAGAGUUCUUGGAAGAAAUGAAUGUACAGUACUGUGGUUCCGUUGAAAGGUUAUACGAGCUAUCAAACUCAAAGUUGCUGAAGCUUUUGGUUAUAUCAGACUGCUAUGAGCUCCGUACUGUUGAGGGCCUCAACGGUUUAGAAUCUUUGAAUGCAUUACUUGUUUGUGAGUGCAGUUCACUGGAGAAACUAAUUAUUCCAUCGAAAGUAGAGAAGCUAACACAUUUGGAGGUUUCAGGAUGUGAGAAGCUGAUUGAGAUUCCAGGUCUUGUUGCAUCGGAAUCAUUGGAGACUUUAACCAUUAAAAAGUGUCCUAUUAGCAAAAUAUGUGAGUUAUCAAACUUACAGAUGCUGAAGUCUCUGUCAAUUGUCGGAUGCCAUGAGCGACAAUCUAUUGAUGGUGUUGAUGAGCUAGACUUUUUGUGUGAUUUCUAUGUUUCUAGCUGUCGGAAACUGGAAGCUCUGCUGGACGAAUCUAACACGAAGUUGUCUGAUGAAUGCCUAAUAACAAUUCGGAAGUGUCGGAAAUUACAAAGCCAUGGCUAUCCUAAUGUCAAUGGCCUUCCCUACAGGGAUUACAAGGACAUGAUUAUUGCAAAGACAAACUCUCCUACGGGGUCACUCCCUUUAGAGACAUCAGACGAGAAGUUGCUCAUUCUCAAUCUGUCUAGGAGUUCGGUCACCAAAUAUCCACAAGAGUGGAGGCAACUCAUGGAGGGUAUCAUUGAAGUCUUCAGCUUCAACCAAUUUGGAGAUAUUGAUAAUGGAAGAUUGUACACGGUCACUUGCACUUUGGGCGUUCAUCAGGCAACUGAAGUGCUUGAAAUCCUUGAAUUUGAGAAACUGCAAGGCAGUCCAGCUGCCGAUCCUACAACUGAGUGGCAAGGAAUUUUUUACAGAACUUCUGACAUCGUAGAAAUUCAUAUCGAAAAUAAUUCUUUAAGGAACCUUGAAGUACUUAGUGCUCGUAACUGUAAAAAGUUGAAGGACAUAUCUCCAAUUGGCCACCUGACGAAACUCAAAUGUCUUGCGCUGGAUGGUGCUAAUAUUGAUUGGGUUCUAGAAACUUUUGAUUUUCCUCUGAAGCUUGAAAGACUUUCUCUAAGGAAGUGUGAGAAGUUGUGUGAACUUCCAUCUUCCAUUGGGAAGCUAAAGGAGCUGGAGGAAAUGGACCUUUCAGACACUAGAAUCACACAACUACCAGAGUCAGUCAAUUAUUUGAGUAAUUUGAAGACGCUGAAAAUGGAACGCACCCCCCUACAAAAAUUUCCUAAAGAUAUUGUGAAGUUAGAGAAACUGGAAGAGAUAGAUUUCUUUGGCUGCACAAAUUUGGAGGCCCAAGAUAGUUGUGAUAUUUCAGGACUAUCCUCCUUGAAAAUUUUGAGAUUAUCGUCAUCCAUUGUGGCGGGGCUGCCUCGGGGCAUUUGUGGUCUCCCUCUCUCUGAACCCUUGACGUAUGUAAAUGUGAACGACUUCAAGCACUACCAAAGUUGCCCUCCAGUUUAG